AUGUCGCAUUCCCGUGAGAGCAGCGGUUCUUACGAAUGGCUGAACCCCCAAGCCAACCCAGAACAAACCGAUUCAGCAGUCCAUCGUCAUGAUCAUGUCGACGAGCAGCCUUCCCCUCCUAGCCCCGAGCUACGCCCCGACGAUGCACUGAACGAGCAUGCUCGCCCUCAACGAGUGAGGUUUCAGUCUACCAGUGCUCAAGGAUCGGAAGCCCCUCCACCCAUUCGUCCCUCAAUGGCUCGUUUCGACUCAGAUCAAACUCUCAUGUCAGUCCACUCCAUCAAUCCCACUUCCGCCCGUUCGACCGACCUGUCCGACGCCCUCCGCGCAGAGGCGGAAGCAGAACCCACUACAUCGUCAAAAGGCCAAGAUGGCAGCACGAGCCCCGCGGGAGUCCCCCUCGACUACGAUACCGAAAGAUCAAGGUUCAGCAAUGACGUUCCCAAUCGCUCCCCGUCCGUCGCAGCACGGUUGAAGGCUGCUAGCAAACUAAUCCGUCAGAAGACAGUCCGGUUGGGCGAACGGCUCGGCCGACCUCAGGAUGGUGGUGAGGAUCUCGGAGCAUCUCUUUUGCCGGACGACCUUGAGGGCGGCGUUCCAUAUCAUGAAAUCCAAGAGAGGAGAAAGCCCACAACCGAAACCCCGGAGGAGGAGAAGGAUUUUGCUCCGAGCGCAGAGGCACAUCGCCUUGUGCGCCGAGUAACUCAGUCGCAAAAUGCCUUGCGUCAGCGCAAGCCUAAAUCGGCUUACACGCGGUCGGGGCAAACCACCCCGGAGGGUUUGGGCCGCCCUGAAUCAUGGUAUAGCUCCAGAUCUCGAUCUUUUAGCGGUGGAGGCAUCUUGUCCCAACUCCUCAAGUUGCAAGCCGGUCAAACGGGUUCAACAGAGAGCGUCAUUACCGACUCAUCCGACAGUGAGUCGCAGGUUUCGUCGGGGGCCGCAACACCAAAAUCCGGGGCCGCAACUCCCAAGCGGGAAAAGCUGAAGUGGUACAAGAAACCAAACCAUCAGUCGACAGCUUCUCUGGUAGAAGCCUCGAUGAACCUGAGCCGUGCCAGCCUUCCCGCUUCAGCCGACCCUCUUGCGUUUGCUACCCCGAAGACACGUAAGAAGAAGGCCUAUCGCAAGACCCGCUUGGAAGACGAGAUUCGUGUCACAGUGCAUAUCGCAGAGAUCCUUGCCCGGCAGCGUUAUAUCAUGCAGUUAUGUCGUGCAUUAAUGCGUUACGGCGCGCCCACUCAUCGUUUAGAAGAGUAUAUGAAAAUGACGGCGCGUGUGCUGGAGGUCGAAGGCCAAUUUUUGUAUCUCCCGGGGUGCAUGAUCAUGUCCUUCGAUGAUCCCACCACCCGCACGGCCGAGGUCAAGCUCGUCCGCAUGGUUCAGGGCGUGGAUUUAGGUCGCCUAGCGGAGACUCACAACGUGUAUAAGAACGUUGUCCACGACCUUGUAGGAGUUGAGGAAGCUAGUCAGGAGCUUGACAGCAUCAUGCAACGCUCUCCGCGCUUUAACAAAUGGCUCUUGGUCCCUGCAUAUGGGCUGGCUAGUGUCGCUGUGGGUCCGUUUGCAUUUGAUGCCCGACCGAUUGAUAUGCCUAUCUGUUUCUUUCUGGGGUCCCUUGUCGGGUUUAUGCAACAUAUCCUGGCGCCCAGGUCUGUGCUGUAUUCCAACGUGUUCGAGGUAUCGGCGGCCGUGUUGACGUCCUUCCUUGCACGUGCAUUCGGCUCCAUUAAGUCUCCCAUCGAGGGCGAAGAGUACCUUUUCUGUUUCUCGGCCCUCGCCCAAUCCUCGAUCGCUCUCAUUCUUCCUGGUUUCAUGGUGCUGUGCAGCAGUCUGGAACUGCAGUCCCACCAGAUGAUUGCGGGGUCGAUCCGUAUGGUCUACGCUAUUAUUUAUUCACUCUUCCUUGGUUAUGGAAUCACGGUUGGCACGACCAUCUACGGACUUAUCGACGGCAAUGCCAACUCUAACACGACGUGCCCGCAGCUGGACGUGUGGGGCAGCGAGUACAUUCAGCAUUUUAUUUUUGUGCCGGUCUAUGUCGUCUUCCUAGCCAUCAUCAAUCAAGCCAAGUGGAAGCAGGUGCCGACAAUGAUUAUCAUUGCGAUCAGUGGCUACGUUACCAAUUACUUUAGCACUAAGAAGCUGGGCUCCAAUUCGGAAGUCGCCAACACGGUGGGUGCGUUCACGGUCGGGCUCCUUGGCAACUUGUACAGUCGACUCUGGCAUGGCCAUGCCGCCACCGCCAUCCUUCCGGGGAUCUUUGUGCUCGUUCCAUCCGGCUUGGCCUCGAGUGGCUCGUUGAUGGCCGGUAUUACGUACGCCAACGAAGUACGAGAAAAUCUGGCCAAUUCAAACAGCAGUGACAGCCUCAACAGUGCUAGUCAGGAUACAUCGAUCGCCAGCUUGGGAUUCGGUAUGAUUCAGGUCGCCAUUGGUAUCACUGUCGGCCUGUUCAUUGCUGCUCUGGUCGUUUACCCCUUUGGAAAACGACGCAGUGGUCUUUUCAGUUUCUAA